CCACAAAAAGGAUAGAAAGUUUAGGUUCUUGAGCUUUCUCUCUCGAGCUAAACACCCACACGAGCGUCUCUCGAUUCCUCAUUUCAUCCUUUUUCGCAUUUAUUCUUCUUCUUCUCUGCUUUACUUCAGUUCUCACCGAUCUUGACCCUGAACAUCACCAAUUGGGUUUUGUCUGAUCUGUUUUAUAAAUUCAACGCGGUUUUGUAUGGUUUGACUGAAACACUGAAAUGGGUUGUGAAAUUUCCAAGCUAUGUUCAUUCUGUUGCCUUUCAGAGCCACCUGAAUCCAAUCGUGGACUCACAGCCUUAGGUGGUGAUGAUAGGAUUGGUGAAGGGAACGAUCUGCCUCAGUUUCGUGAAUUCUCUAUCGAGACGCUAAGGAACGCUACAUCAGGCUUUGCUACAGAGAAUAUAGUGUCAGAGCAUGGUGAGAAAGCUCCUAAUGUUGUCUACAAAGGGAAGCUUGAUAACCAAAGACGUAUUGCUGUCAAAAGGUUUAACAGGAAAGCCUGGCCUGAUUCUCGUCAGUUUCUGGAGGAAGCUAAAGCUGUUGGUCAGUUAAGGAACUAUAGGAUGGCGAAUCUGCUUGGAUGUUGCUAUGAAGGUGAAGAGAGACUUCUUGUUGCUGAGUUUAUGCCUAAUGAAACCUUGGCUAAGCAUCUUUUCCACUGGGAGUCACAGCCGAUGAAGUGGGCAAUGAGACUAAGAGUAGCUUUACAUAUUGCUCAAGCUUUGGAAUAUUGUACCGGCAAAGGGCGUUCACUCUACCAUGACCUUAAUGCUUAUAGAGUUCUCUUUGAUGAUGACUCGAAUCCAAGGCUUUCUUGCUUUGGUCUGAUGAAAAACAGUAGAGAUGGUAAGAGUUAUAGUACCAACCUUGCUUUCACUCCUCCCGAGUAUCUCAGAACAGGUCGCGUGACACCAGAAAGUGUGAUGUACAGUUAUGGAACUCUGUUGCUUGAUCUUCUUAGUGGAAAACACAUUCCUCCAAGCCAUGCGCUGGAUCUCAUACGGGACAGGAACAUUCAAAUGUUGAUCGAUUCAUGUUUGGAGGGUCAAUUUUCAAGUGAUGACGGGACUGAACUGGUACGGUUAGCUUCUAGAUGCUUGCAGUAUGAGCCUCGAGAACGGCCUAACCCUAAAUCUCUAGUCACUGCAAUGAUUCCUCUCCAGAAGGACCUUGAGACUCCUUCACAUCAACUGAUGGGAAUACCAAGCAGUGCCUCAACAACGCCUCUUUCACCACUUGGAGAAGCAUGCCUAAGAACUGAUCUAACUGCCAUACAUGAGAUUGUUGAAAAACUUGGAUAUAAAGAUGAUGAGGGAGCAGCCACAGAGCUUUCGUUCCAGAUGUGGACCAACCAGAUGCAAGACUCGCUGAACUUCAAGAAAAAGGGUGAUGUUGCUUUCAGGCACAAAGACUUUGCAAAUGCUGCCGAAUGCUAUUCUCAGUUUAUAGAGGGCGGGACAAUGGUUUCACCAACUGUGUAUGCAAGGAGAAGUCUGUGUCACCUGAUGAAUGAUAUGCCCCAAGAGGCAUUGAACGAUGCAAUGCAAGCCCAAGUGAUAUCUCCUGCUUGGCAUAUCGCAUCUUAUCUUCAAGCUGUAGCUCUCUCAGCUCUAGGACAAGAGAACGAAGCUCACGCUGCUCUUAAAGACGGAUCAAUGCUCGAAAGCAAAAGAAACGCUCUAUGAUGAUGGUGAUAACAAAAACAAAAAAGACGAAACAGCUCAUAGGCUUUGCAGAAUAUGAUCAAAACCCACCAUCAUCCUCAUAAGAGUAGAUAUGAGCCACUACACAGGCUCUCAUAUCGUGUGCAUCCUCAUCAUUAUCAUCAUUGGUCAGUUUCGUAGUUCCCUUUUUUUUCUUUUUCAAAUACUGGACGAUGCAUUCAUUUGGUCUUGUACCGCGAAUUGGACUCUUUUUUUGAAUCUGUGAUGGAGAUUUGAUUAUGGAUUGGGAAUGGUGUGAUUGUGGAUUUGCUUUGAUGGUUUUUAUGAUUUGUAAUCAAUGUUUUGUAAUAAAUAAAUAACUUGUAUGUAAACUUUGUAUUUUUGACUUUGGAUGAUCUUUUGAA